AUGCUCAAGCUUGUCUCUCGUAUCACCACUCGUUCCAACACCCACUCGGUCAUCUGUCUCUCUGGUCGCUACAGUAGUAGCAUUGCUGGUGCUGAUGGUGCAACGGCCUCUUCUAAAGGUGCGUUUGGUGAAAAAGAAAAAGCGUUGGAGAACCAAUGGGCACGCGCACAUGACGCUGAAAAGAUCAAGAUGUUGCGUGAGGCUCUCAAAAAGCAACAAGAGCAUUCUGAAGAGCUCCAAAAAGACAUCGAUGCUCUGAAGAAAUCGUCAAAGAAAUAA